GGGAGGGGGGCGGCCGCCGUGUGACAGCCUCACCGCCGCGCCCGUCUGUGACAUCCUCGCGCAGCCGCUUGCCCCUGCGCAAGCCCCGUUUCUGAGCCGCUGGUGUUUCGCAGACUGACGGCCCCCCGGCGACUCCUCCCCAGCCCCCCCGCCAGGGUCGGCUCCCUCGAGACGACUUUGCUUUCCUUGGCUCGGCGGGGCCGGUCACAGCGGUGUCCGAAACACGACUGGCGCCAGCCAAGUCUCGGUGUCCCUGCCUUGCUGACGGAUCUCUAAUUUUUCUGGUGUAAGCCACUGUUGGGAGUCAAGCUCACUCUUUGGAACUUCCCUCUGUGGCAAAGUUCAUUCCUGCCAGAGUUGGAUCUUCUUUCUUUCUGGAGGAAUCAUUGUAGUUGUCACUUUUCCAGUUCUCAAGCACUCAGUUUUGAUAAUCGAGCGACACGGUGUGGUUUCUGCACUACCAGCUCAGAAUAGGAAAAUACUUGGGAUUUUGUAUUGGAAGACAUGGAUCUUGCUGCCAAUGAGCUCAGCAUUUACGACAAACUUUCAGAGACUGUUGAUCUGGUGAGACAAACAGGCCAUCAGUGUGGCAUGUCAGAGAAAGCAAUUGAAAAAUUUAUCCGACAGCUGCUGGAAAAGAAUGAACCUCAGAGGGGGCCGCCCCAGUAUCCUCUCCUGAUAGCCAUGUAUAAGGUCCUUGUAACCCUGGGAUUAAUCUUGCUCACUGCCUACUUUGUGAUUCAACCUUUCAGCCCAUUACCACCUGAACCGGUGCUUUCUGGAGCUCGCACCUGGCGCUCACUCAUCCAUCACAUCCGGCUGAUGUCCUUGCCCAUUACCAAGAAGUAUAUGCCAGAAAAUAAGGGAGUUCCUCUGCAUGGGGGUGAUGAAGACAGACUCUUUCCAGACUUUGACCCUUGGUGGACAAACAGCUGUGAGCAGAAUGAGUCCAACCCCAUCCCUGCCAACUGCACUGGCUGUGCCCAGAAAUUACCCCUCAAGGUAAUGCUCCUGGAAGAUACCCCGAAGAAAUUUGAGAGAUUCCAUCCUCUGGUGAUCAAGACGGGACAGCUCUUGUUAUCAGAGGAGCUUCAGCAUUUUCUGUGCUGGUAUCCUGAAGUAACAGAAGGCUUCACUGAAGGGUUUUUCACCAAGUGGUGGCGCUGCUUUCCUGAACGGUGGUUCCCAUUUCCUUAUCCGUGGAGAAGACCUCUAAACAGAUCACACAUUUUACGCGAGCUUUUUCCUGUUUUCACCUACCUGCCAUUUCCAAAAGAUGCCUCCUUAAAAAAGUGCUUCCUUCUUCAACCGGAACCUAUUGUGGGUAGUAAGAUGCAUAGGAUGCAUGACCUGUUUAUCAUUGGCAGUGGUGAGGCCAUGUUGCAGUUCAUCCCUCCUGUCCAGUGCCGAAGACAUUGCCAGUCUGUGGCGAUGCCACUAGAGCCAGGGGAUAUUGGCUAUGCCGGUGCCAGGAAGGCCUACGUUAUAGCCAGAGGGGUCCAGCCUUUGGUCAUCUGCGAUGGAACCACCCUCUCAGAACUAUAGGAAACAAGAACUAUACAGAGGAACAACUUUGAGAGCUGAAGACCAGCUUGAAAGGGGAGAAAUAAAAACAAAAAACGAUGA